CACUGACUGGCACUGAUAGGCGGCACUGACUGGCACUGAUAGGUGGCAGUGAUUUGCAGCAAUGAUAGGUGGCACUGAUUGGCAUUGAUAGGUGGCACUGACUGGCACUGAUGGGUGACAUUGAAAGGCAGCUCAGAUGGGCACUGAUAUGUGGCAUUGAUGUGCACUGGUAUGCACUGAUAUGUGGCAUUGAUGUGGCACUGAUGGGCACUGGCACGUGGCACUGAUGAGCACUGACAGGUGGCACUUCUGGGGCCACACUGAUCAUCAGGGCACACUAAUCAUCAGUGCCCUGAUGAUCACUGUCAGCGUGACAGCUCGAGAGGAGAGAAAUGCCGAUAACCGAGCCGACAUCUUCAGCUCUUUCCGUGAUCCGCUGUGUCCA